UACAGAUUACAUGAUUGGAUAAUGUCAGCAAAGACAUCCAAGGUCCUCUCAUGGUAUCAGUCCACAGCUGACAAACGGAUACUGCGGCGACACAAGAUAGGACCUCCAGAUGUACAUCCUCAGGAGCCUCGCCAGGAGGAGGAUAAUCUUAGCAAUGAACGGCUUCGCAAAGGAUAUCAGGUGGGAGCAACACCAUUCGAGCACGAAUCGCUGGUGUUCAACAGUCGAUCAGCGAAACUCGACCGAUUGGAUGAAGCUCAUGCCAAAUCAGCUGCUCUUUUGAACCUGGUACUCCAUCGAAAAGGUGAGAUCAAUGCUAAUCUGGACAAGGAGAGGCGGAAGAAUAGGGAAACAACGGGUGCACAAUUUGCAACUGCCAAAGCGAAGGAGCGCGCGGCAUGGUUCACGGAUCUUGCUCGAGGAAAGGCUUUGUCGCAACUGGCGAAAAAAGUGCCCACCAUCAAGAGGCGAGAAGAAGGACUAGAAUACCUCUGCGACUAUCGGAUACCGCCUUUUCGCGCCUUAUGGUAUCUAAAAGUCACUGCUGCUCUUACUGGAAGCCCUAGCAAUGCCAAACAGAAGAAAUCCAUUAGUGAUUUAUUUUCAGCAGAGUACAAGGAUAUUUUUGUAAAAGCUAUCAAAGAAUUGACUAAUCGUAUGUGGGAUGUCAAUGACUUGUCGACUUGUCCCGUUUACAAGGAGCGAUGGCUCUACAUUUCAAAUCUGAGCAAGUGCGCGUUCGAGGAUGGAGUAAUUGAGCGGCAAGAUUUUCUCAACGAGUUAUGCGACAUUUUCUCUGACUACUUCGUGAGGAGAAUCAAGAAUGAGGAGAAGUUGCCGCAGCUCAGAGUCUACCUGCUUUUUCUCACCCAAUUUUUGCGUCAUAUCAACAACAACCUUAUUCUUGCCCGACGACUUGCUCACAUGAUCGCUAUGAAGUUACGCUUGUACAAAAUGGAGUACGACGAACAAAACAAUACGGUCACCAAAGGAUCAGAAGCAUUCAAUGCACUGACAAAAUGCUCAGCUCUGCGACCUGUAAUACAUGUUCUUACAGCAAUCUUGCAGAAUAUAGUCAUCGAUGCCCCAGCAGCAGUGAUUUGGAAUAAGUUCAAGGUAUCUACGACAGACAAGCUUCCAUUCAUUUUAUCCCAGCUUUGCGGUUCUCCUCUUGACCUCCUUCCUUGUCCUGUACAUGAACUUCCUCUUCCUCCUGGGAAAGAAUCUGAAAGAUUUAUGGAGCUUUUGAAAUUGCGGACUGCAGAAAUCGUGAGACGAAGCCAGGCAGUGCAAGAUAAGUGGUCGUUCAACCAGAAGGAACAGUUUGCUUUCGCCAAACUCGUUAACGGAUGCCUUGAUGUGAUAGGUAUUUUGGAUUCCACAGAUGUGCUAGAGCCAAAUAUCUUGCCGGCUGUCACUACCCGAAUCUUUACUUUUAGAUCGGAGAACUGGGCUGAAGAAAUGCUCAUUAGAAUCAAGCUUAUGUUGCACUGGGCUGUAACCGCAGAACGUGAAGGCAGUCACAGAGCGAUUAUCGUAACCAAAGUCAUUUAUCAACAAGUGCUGAAUCAACAAUCAUAUAUGUUCGGACCUUUCCACAUGCAGGAUAUCAUCUUGAAUUAUUUUUAUACCGAAGCUCCUACACCCGGGUCAAAGUUUUAUCAUAAAGAGUUUGCAUCUCUAGUCACCCUAUUUAUUGAACUCUCUCGCUUCAAGUUGUUUGUACAUGACUGUUUUGUGAAGGAACUUAUAAAAUCUGGUGAGCUUGACUAUCAACGGCCGAUAAUGGAUAAAUUCAAAUGUGAGAGCAAGCCACCUGAUCCUAUAACCUCAUCACUGAUGUCUGCUCAGUUCGAAGAUUUGACCCCUGAUGAACCACCAAAACCUACCAGCCUCAUUUCUUACAAGCAGGAUGAUAAGGACGAACAUAUAUAUCUCAAUGAUGAAAUGUCCAUGAACGAUCGUAUUCUUAUACAGAUGCCAUUGCGACAAACCGAAGAGCAUCGAAGUGAGGCCAAUCAAAGAGCGCUCGUUUUGUACGGAAUGGACGAUGCUCGUGAAAACCAUAAAUCCGAAAUGAAGAAGAUCGCAAAAGAAAUUUGCAAGAUAUGGCAAAAGAAAAUUUAUGUGCAGUUUUGUGAAGGAAAUGAAGCACCAAUGUGGAAGCAGUCCAUCAAUUCACAGAGAAUCGUCGAGAUUCUUGCAAGAUUCAGAAGUCAAACAUACUAUGAUCAAAUGAUGAUUUGUGGCUGGUGCGCAGAAUCCUUCUCCGACAUGAUCCGUGACUUUAUAUUGGGCCAUUCUUUGCAAAUGCCUACGUCUGAGGCUUUGGAUAUCAUUUGCAGCAUGUUUGAGUCUGCUCAGUAUAUAUACGGCAUAUUCGAACUUUGUGAAGCGGUAACUCCAUUACUGCCGCGUGCUGAGAAAGUAAUUCGCUGUCUCGCUGCUGAUGUGAUACCGGGAAGUAUGUCAGGGCAAUUAGGUUACGUCUUUGUUGCUUACAUCUGCAAGCAUUGGCAUUAUUUCUUGCAUUCUGAUCUUGCACCAACGAUCACCAACCAGUUGUAUGAGCUCAUUGAGCGAAUGAUUCGAGCUCACGAGUACCCUAUGACAAGCUGGGGUCGAACCAUAGCAGCUUUCGUUUACCAUUCGAAGAGCCAGUUGAAGAAGAGCCAGCUUUCUGACGUGAAACUUCAUGGUGCUCGUGACGAUUUUCGUCACGUUUUCAAUCAUGGAAGCUCCUCCUAUAAUGGUGGAAGUAGAUACAAUGACUUGUUCUUCAAGGAUGUGUUUGAAAAGAAGCUGCGUUUCUUCUCUUAUCACGAGUACAAAAAGAGACUUCCAUCAUUUGGGCAACUCUACAACCGCUAUUCUUUUGUUAUUAAUUCCUUCAUCGCUGCUAAGAACUUCAUGCGCGAUCACGAUCGGCUUUCUGAUCUGGCUACUUUCUGCGGCCAUAUAUCUGCUCAGAUACCUGCACUAGCAGACGAAUGGGUUGCGGCUAUCAAGGCGCUUUGCUGUACUAGUAUGAGUCAGCAUACGGGUUAUGGUAAACUUCUAGAGUACAUUGAUGUGAACGACUGCUCCACGCAUCAUCCCAUAGCCACUUUUGUGAUGCUCUUAGCUGGUAAAUAUGCGUUCAGUGUCCCCAGGUUGAUUGCCGAGCUUUUAAACAACGCAUUUCCCGUUAUCAUAAAAAGAGAACAAAGCUCAUUUGUCAGUGGGAGGUACAAUGUGAUUGGCAGGACCGAAUAUGACUGUGAACCCGGAGUCUGUCUCACCUUGCUGAUCCUCGCUCAGAUUAGUUGUGCCACUGAUGAACCUUUUCACAUGUCGGAACAUUACGUGGGUGGAAGUCCGAAAGUCAAACUGUUGAAUAGAUGUGCAGAUGAAAUCAUUCUAUCCAUGAUUCAGUGGUGUGAAAUGGAUAAUGUCUUGUUCCCGAUGUUGAGCAACAUUUGCAUUUUGAUGGACACCUUGCGAGCGAGAUUCAAAGAUCUUGACUUCGAACCUAGUCGCAUUGUUGAAUCGACCAGCUAUAGGCGCGAAUAUCUCAUGAUCAUGCUAAAGGCUGUGCAGCUCAUCAUCUGCGAAGAAGAUUGGGUCACCAUGAAAAUGUUCAAGAUUGUUGAAACGAAUCGCAUGGAAGCGUUCAAUCAUGAUCGAUUGAAACAGAACUGUCUGGGUCAGCAGUUAUUACGACUUGGUAUCCGUCGAAAAAGUGAGCGCGAAGUUGUUCGGGAAUUGUCUGUAUGUAAUGGAAACUCGAAGAAGGCGCUAAUUGACAAACUACUCGCUGUGAUGAAUAUGUGGAACAUGAGAGCGACGCUGUUUGACCUCAUGCUAAUGAUCAAAGAGAUCUCACCUGAGGGUGCACAAAAGCAUGCCCAACAGAGUGCGAUUGCUGCUGAUGCACUCAUGGGUGAAAUUGGGAAGUGCUGCCGCGACCUGUUCACGAAUGCACAUAAGGAAGGCUUGCAGCUCUCUUCAGCCAUUCUCGGGCGAGACUUCCGGUUCCGUCAUGUUACCAAUUUCUGGCUAAUAGCUCUUUUGGUGAGGCUGUGUCCCCAGCCGAACAAUGUGCCGAAUCAAUUCCAUCAUAUGACGGUUUCUGGGAAAUUUCUCAAAGAAGCGGCAUCUAUGCUGGACACUGCCAAUGAUAGCUCGAAGGAAAGGAUACAACAGAGCGCGUGGUUGCUAUCCCAGCAGCCUUUCCUGAACUUAGUGUUAGCUUGCUUAAAGGGCGAAGAAUUUCAACCAAAUAAAGACCUUCUGGUCUCGUCGCUGUACAAGCAAUUACUUGAUCUCACCAGUAAAACAAAGGAGAAUCCCGCUUUGCCGCUCAUGGAAAAAUUUGCUGCUGAACGUGAAGGUCUGCUCUUACGGUUGUCGUUAGUAGGUGGUAUAUUUAAGCAGAUUUGUCAGCCUCAGCACAGUGAAGGCUGGUCUCAUUUAUUUUUCCAAAUGAUGCUCUAUGGAAUGGUUUCACCGGAUAAAGACAGAAUACUGUAUGAUUCUUGUUACGAUAUGCUGUCAACUUUAAUGCUUUGGACGUUAACCGAUCCUUCGACUGCGACACAGCAGCCAAGUGAAGGAAGCGAGCCAAAAUUCCGUUGGCCAUAUUAUUCCAUCAUAAUAAAGAAGCUGAAAAAAGAAAUAGCUGAUCAGAGAGUGCCUCCCGAGUUACGUGCUCUGCUCCAGUUUCUGCCCAUACCGAAGAACACUAUAUCUGUAUUUGCUAUGGAGCCAUAUGGUUCAACACCUGCAGCUGCGGUGCAGAAGGUGUCAGGAGGAGCAGCGCGGCCACCUAGUGUUUCGCAGUCGACUACAAUGAGUGGAUUACGACAUGGUCGUUAUGCCUUGCACGUCAGUGAGAAGGUGAAAACAUCGAGUUACGAUUUUAUCCAUGCCUACAUCAAUGAGCAGAACAGCAAAGGUGGAUGGAAGUGGAGCUGGUUCCAGGCAUCAAAGAUCGACCGGCUUCCUUGUCCGAUCCAGAAGUGGGUUGCGAGACUUCUCGUUCACAAACAUCAGUUGGAAUAUCAAAGACCGAACGCGGUGAUAACUGAGUCAAAUGAUCACUUUCUGUCAGCUCCUGCUGUAGAAGCGACCGGUGAAGCUCCUCCACCAUCAGCAUCUAGCGCAAACACUCCCGGUACCCAGACACCUGCUACACCGACUGCAUCUGGUGUUGUUGCUGAAGCAACCACACCGGGGAACGAAGAACCUAUCACCUCACUGAAUUCUGCCGUUAGUACUCCUACAACGAACGAUGUGCCGAUGGAUGACACUACUCCAGAUCAGAACCGCAGCCUAUCAUCGGCUUCAAAUCCGAUCGUGUCCCCAAGAGCUGGACGAGGUGGACGAAAGCGUGGAGGCGUCAGGCAGCAUAGUGCAGGAUCGCGUCAAAAAAGAUCAGCAUCUCGUAAUGACCCACCUGGUGCUGUUGCUGCUUCUUUCAAUCAAGCCUGGCAUGGAGCCGGAUCUAAUCCCUCCGGCAGCGUAAUGACUCAGCCAGAUUCUCUGGCUUACUCGCAGCAUCAAACCCAGCAGGUGUCGUCAAAUGCGGUAAAAGAUCCCACCAAAACGAAGAUCCAGGAGUGUAUCAAUAAAAAGCGCCUCGAAGCUGCACGGAUAUCGGCAGGAUUCCCAGGACCAUCUGCAUCAAUGCCGUCCACAAUAGCGCCAUCGCAAGCUUCGUACUCGGAUUCAAAUUUCAACCACCAUUCUGGUAAUCAAAGGGUCAUGCCGGGUGACUACCAAAAUCAGCAGCCUGGCCAAGAUCCUUCACAGCAGUCGCAGUCGAUGUCGCAACAGCAACAAAUGCAGGCACAGCAGUCUCACCAUUCCUUGCCUGCUCAUCAGCAGCAGCAGUCCGGCCAGCAGCCUUCAGCAAAUGUUCCACAUUCGAUGCAGCCGCAGGUCAUGCAACACAUGCAGCCGCAUCAUAUGCAGCAACAGAUGGCACCACAACAAGGAGCUAUGUCCGGACAGCAGUUCCCUCAAAUUGGUGGUCCUGUUCAACAUCAGUCCUCAAUGGGUGGACCCAUGCAGAUGAAUUACCAGGGUCAGCCGCACACAGGCCAAUCAGCACAACAGGGCCAGCAACAACCGCGGAAUACCAUGGGACAGUUCACAUCCAGGGAUGGUACGAUGACUAUGGACUACCAGCAAGGUGGUCGAGGACGGCAACCUAUGCAAAUGAAUCAACAGAUAGGACCACAGGGCGGGAUGGGUCGCGGCAGUAUGCCUGGUGGACAGAUGAGUGGUCAAGCGCAUAUGGGCUCGCAGCAUAUUCCUGAAGGUCAACAAGUGAUGGGACAACAGAUCGGUGGACAUGCAAUGGGUUCGCAACAAAUGUCUCAUCAAAUGGGUCAGACCUCGAUGUCGGGACAGCAGCAGUACUACAUGCAGCAGUCAGAUCAGAGGAUUAUGAAUCCGCAGUACAAUCAAUCCCAGUACCAGCCGAACAAUCAGUUCUAAUUAUUUCAUCUUUUAAAUUGCAACAAUCAAGGGUCUUCAGAAUCACGUGAUCUUCCUAGUGUUCUCUCGAAACGGGUUACUAUGCUUGUUUUUAUUUUAUGAGCGGAACUAACACUGUAUUCCUGUCAUUCGUCAAUUUCAAGCAUAAUCACAUGAUCAGGUCUUAUCAUCACCGCACUUUUCACUGUUUGUAAUAUGUAUAUAUCUUGCUUUUAACUUGUACAUAAGGCAUUUUCACAAUGAAUGAUUUUUAUAGUA